UUUUUUUUUAUUUUUUAUUUUUUUAUAAACUUAUAUAAUUUGCUUGUAAAAGAUGUCAAAGAUUAGCAAAGCAAUAGGUGUUUCAUUUGGCGCAUUAGCAGGUGGUGCUGCUGGCUUUUAUUUUUUAGAAAUGUAUAAAAUUAAGUCAAAAGAGAAGAGAUUAGCUUUAUUAUUAGAGAAGAAAAAAGAAUAUGAAAAUAAUAUACAAAAUGGCAAUGGCACAUCACUAUAGAAUUAUACUUGAUUUGCAUAUAAACAUCAGAAGCAUAUAAUAUUUAUUUUACGUAAACAAUAGCUGUCUUUGUAUAUACUUUAUAUCAAUUUAUUUUAUUUUAUUUUCAAAAAAGAAAAAAAUAUGAAUAUGUGUAUAUUUAUUCAUGUAUCCUUGUACCUUUUUUUUUU